UUUAGUUACCGCACCACAUAAAGGCAUUGCGUUGUAGACACCGUUAUAACCCGCAACAUUCUUAAUCUUUGAUUCUACAUAUUCCUCAUUUUUUGGCCCUUUGAUUCGAUGUAUAACAUAUAAUUGUGUGUAUAUAUAUAUAUAUAUAUAUAUAUAUAUGUAUGUAUAAAUAGCAUAUAUAUAUAUGUGUGUAUAUACAUAUAUAUAUAUAUACAUUCGUACACGUUGAAAAUACAUAAAACAUCGUCGUCGUCGUCGUCGUCGUCGUCGUUAUCGUCGUCGUCGUCGUCGUCGUCGUCGUUGUCGUCGUUGUCGUCGUCGUCGUCCUCAUCGUCCUCACAGUUUAAGGAGAACACAAACGAAAGAAACAAAGAAAGAAAAGUAUUGUAUCGUUGUUCAACUACGUACGGAGGAGAGGGAGAUCGUGUUCGCGAUCGAAACGGAGAAAGAGAGAGCGAGACCGAAAGAAAGAGAGAGAGAGAGAGAGAGAUCGGUUAACUACUAAAGGAAAAAAAUCUAAAUAUUGCUCAAGCGCAUGUGUGUAUCUUCGUGAGUUUUACUUCCACGUGCCCACGGUGUUCAUCUCGAAUCCGUAGAUUUUAUGAUUCCAUUUAUUAUUUCCGAUCAUCACCCUGCACCUUUCUCUCCCAUUUCCUCGGCUUCCAUCUCGCUCCCCUUCUCUCUCCGUUUCUCCGGAAGUCGGCUCUCAGCUUCCGAUCAUUGACCUCCCUUCAUCGCAUCAUCGCCGAUCUCAAGGUGAAAGAAGGACAGAGAUAGAGAGAUAGAGAUAAAUAUAUCCGAUCUUUCUCUCUCGUACUCGUAAAGACUAUCCUUGAAUUCUUCGUCCGGAAGAUUCUUCUUCGAUCACGUGAAGAUAACAAGAGGAUAUAUCACGGGAGGAGGAGAAAUUGUGGGGAGGAGAAAAGGUGGGGGCGAGAAAAUUAUUGUGUCGGAAAUUUAAGAGAGAAAGAGGACCAAUCGGCGGGGACGAACGUGUUUAAUCGUUUUUCUUCUUUCUUUAUCUUUUUUUUCUCUCUUCUCGUUCGUUGGCGCCCAGUGAAAAGAAGAAGAAGAAAAACAAAGUUAUUGUUAAAAGUAAUUCAAUUUAAAAAUUCAAUUUAAAAUAAAAAAAAAAAAAAAAAAAGAAAAAAAGAGUAAGCGAGAAAGAGGGAUUCCUUAGAGUCACGUCGUACGUAUUUCGCGAGAAGUCGUUGAAAAGAUUUUCCGAUAUUCUUCUCUUUUUUAAAUUCGUUUAAGAAAAAGCACAAAGAGAGAGAGAGAAAAAAUCCGAGUCACGCGAACACACCCAUCCGUCGUGAUAAUAUACGUAUCACCGUCGUCCUCGUCGUUGUCCUCGUCAAGUCGUCGUCAGGUCGUCGUCUUCGUCGUCGUCGUCGUCGUCGUCGUCAGGCCGUCGUCGUCGUCGUCAUCGUCGUCGUCGCCGGUAAAAGAAACGUCUAAAAACCCGGUCGUCGUUCCGUUCUGCGCCCAGAUAUCGGCAUCCUCCAACCACUGAUUUUCAUCGUUAACCGACAUCGAGGAGGAAGAUCAGCGUACGUCGAUCAGAGGGGAGAGAUUUAGCCCGUGAGGUGUCGCUCGCCGCGGUGCAACUUUGUAUCCCGGAGAAGUUAGGGCGUGGCACCCUGAAAGCGCGAGCACACACGAGAAUGCGAUUCAGACCGACGCCAUCAUCUCUCUUUUCCAAUCCAAGAACGCCAUGCGAAGCAUCGAACCACGUAUAAAGCCAUGAUUUUUCUUCUUAUACUUCGAGAAAAAAAAAUGAAAUUAACUCGUACGAACGAGCCUAACAUCGGUCAUUCUCAUAAAUCCAGAAUAAGAUAAAAAGAAGGAAAAUGUGGAGGAGGAGGAGGAGGAGAAUUAAAAAGGGAAUAUGAAAAAGUAAUAUGAAAUGAUCAAAAUAAUACGAAACGAAAGAAAUAGAUAAAUAGAGAGAGAGAGAGAGAGAGGGAAAGAGAGAGAGAGAGAGAAAGAGAAAGAGAGAAAGAAAGAGAAAGAAAGAGAGAGAAUAAAAAAGAAAGUGGUAAACACAAUAUGGAGAGCGUCCAGAGCGUGCGCAAGGGUACAUCCGGAUCCACGAUGGACCGUGUCCUCGAUCAACCGGCACCGUGGCUCCUUCUCGAGGACAAGCAGGAAGUCUCGAGAGGGACACUUCCGGCCGUGACGGCCCUGAUCAAAAUGGUGCGUGAGAGAUGAAAGUAUUUCGUACGUAGUUAGUGACGACCCCUCAGAGGAGUGCAAUGAUGGCGAACGGAAUGGACACUGUCGUACAACAAAAUGGAGGAUCCACUCUCGGACAGACAUCGCAGGAGGAGUCGAAGACGAAUCUCAUCGUAAAUUAUUUGCCUCAGAGUAUGACGCAGGAUGAAAUCCGUUCUCUCUUCUCCAGUAUAGGCGAGGUCGAAAGCUGCAAGCUUAUCCGCGACAAACUUACCGGUCAAAGUUUAGGAUAUGGCUUUGUCAACUAUCACCGGCCUGAAGAUGCUGAGAAGGCCAUAAACACUCUCAAUGGUCUUCGUUUGCAGAAUAAAACUAUCAAGGUAUCGUACGCGAGACCGAGCAGCGAAGCAAUCAAAGGUGCGAACCUUUAUGUGAGCGGCUUGCCGAAGAACAUGACGCAGCAGGAUCUGGAGAACCUUUUCAAUCCUUACGGAAGGAUCAUUACUUCUCGGAUACUCUGCGACAACAUCACCGUACGACAGUUUGUGCUCGGCGGCGGAGACAAUUUGCCCGGCUUGUCGAAAGGGGUCGGUUUUAUAAGGUUCGACCAACGUGUCGAGGCCGAAAGGGCGAUUCAAGAACUGAACGGAAGCGUUCCGAAGGGCUCGAGUGAGCCGAUCACCGUCAAGUUUGCCAACAAUCCAAGCAACAACAAGGCGAUACCGCCGUUGGCCUAUCUGGCACCCCAGGCGACACGUCGCUUUGGCGGCCCGAUCCACCAUCCAACUGGCCGCUUCAGGUACAUUCCACUGUCGCCACUAUCCAGCACUGGCAAGGCCAUGCUUGCCAUUAACAAAGGCUUACAGAGUAGGUACAGUCCGUUGGCGGGUGACCUCCUUGCGAACUCGAUGCUGCCAGGUAACGCGAUGAACGGUUCCGGUUGGUGCAUCUUUGUCUACAACCUGGCACCCGAGACCGAGGAGAACGUCCUGUGGCAGCUCUUUGGUCCUUUCGGCGCCGUCCAGUCGGUGAAGGUCAUCCGGGAUCUUCAGACAAAUAAGUGCAAGGGUUUUGGUUUCGUAACGAUGACCAAUUACGAGGAGGCGGUGGUGGCGAUUCAAAGCCUGAACGGUUACACUCUCGGCAAUCGCGUGCUCCAGGUCAGCUUCAAGACGAACAAGAGCAAAGCCGCGUAGGGCAAGCAACAACAAGCAGCAGCAGCGGCAGCUGCGGCGGCAGUGGUAGCUGCCGCCGCGGCAGACGCGGUAGCGGUAGCAGCAGCAGCAGCCUACGAUCAUCGUGAGCGACUCCUACGUACGGUGGCUCAGCUCCCGGUAGCUUUACCGGCUCACGUCUACACCAAGAGAACCAACAAUCA